CUUGACGGGGACAGCAAGCCAGUGGAUUGUCAAAGUAACCCAUAUUAUUCUCGAUGAUUUAUUACCAGUUGGAUUUUGAACUUAACUACGGCUUCGACUAAUAAGUGAUUCCAUGGUUUAUUACUCUCUGGGUGAGAGAACCUCUCCUUUUAUCUCCUUCAUAUAAAGAUUACCGCGAGUGUUGCCAAUCCUGAGCCAUCAUGGGCUGUGUUGCUGUGCUGGAGAGUUUCCUGCUGUUGCUGCUGUGUUGCCUCUCGCUGCGGUCAACACCGAGCGAGGCCUCCACAUACCUCAGAGGUGGCGACGACCUCGCCACCAGUCCGCUAGGCCCAAUGAACUUCACACAUGCGGGUGCUCUACUUAAUGAGUUGCGCUGGAAUGAGGUGGCCUCGCGCGCCAUGAGGGAGGGACUGUUUGAGAAACAGUUCAUGGUGCAGCUGGAUAAUACGAUGCGACACCCGCUCUGCCCCCAGCUCUACACCAAGGUCGGCCAGUACUGCCUCUCCAUCUUCUUCGUCAGCAGCCUGAACUGGGUGGAAGCCAGAAGCAUCUGUCAGACCAUCGGUGGUGACCUGUUGACCCUCUCUGAUGACCCCGCUUUCUUCCCCGUCCUCCUCACCCAUCUUAGUCAACAGCAGGUAACGGUAGACCUGUGGAUCGGAGGACGCUACGAGUCUACAGGCUGGAAUUGGAUUGAUAACUCUUCAAUGAUUCUUGGUUCUCCCUUCUGGGCAGUCAGGCAUGUAGAGCAGUGCAUUCCCCGCAGGGUCACCAUACCAGGCCCAGACCCUAAUACAACAGUCACCACAGAGGCCAACAAUGGACAGUGCUACCACCAUGUGCAGUCUCCAAACACUCCUCCUGUAGGCGACUGUGCAGCCCUCACCUACCCGCACUACCACUACAUUACUGAUCAGGACUGCUUCUCUAAGAGGAGUCCCCUGUGCAUCUAUCAAGGCCAACAAAAUCCUGAAGACACUUAAAUCAGAACCAGUGCCUGGAAUUUGGUCACACUGGUAUGUGUUGAUUUCUAUAUGUAAUGGCAGCAGUUUUGGUUCACAAUGUCACCUUUCAGGGCGACGUUAUGUUUCAUGGAAACAUUACGUUUCCAUGUUAUGUUUCAUGGAAACAUAACGUCUAACGAAGAGGGGGCAGGAGUUGUCAAUAAUUCCAGCCACUAGCUACGUAAAGAGUUUUUCAUAUCAACUUUAUAAAAAGGAUUGUGGAAUAAAGAUGCUACUAUAUUGCAUCUCAGAUUGUUAAAUCCUUCUUGGGGAAAAAAAAAGUCUUGAAAUUACAUGUCAUUUUGAAAUAAUUUCAAUAAAAUUUAUUUCUACUUCAAGCAUUAAAUAUAUGUAGAAGACAAUUAUUGAAGGACUUUGAAUGUCAGAAUGUCACAAGAUCUAGCUGAGUUUUAUCUAAUUAUAUAUAUAAAAAUGUAGACGAGCCUAUUUGGGAAGACAUGUUUUGUAAAUAGUUUAACCAAUGUAUUACCAGGCCUACUCGCCACCAUAACUGAUCCUUGGUGUACAUAACAAUUUACUACAUAUCCCCUAAAGUAACUUGUACCAGGCAGUCGUGAUGCCCCUUUAUCGGUAUGUCCUUAAAACGUAUGACCUGCCAUUAUAUUUCUAGUCUUAUAAUAUGUCUGAAUGGAAUUGUAACUAUAAAAUUUACUGGAGAUAUGUAAAUACUGAACAAUAUGUAAUAAAAGAGAACUUUGA